AUCCGCUGGGCUGGAUCCGCCGCGCCGGCUACGGCCGGCCGGGCUGGGGACCCGCGCUCGGGAGAAGGUGCGGGGCCGGGCGGGCUGCUCGGCUCGGGAGGGGAAAUGGACGCUUGGGAAGCUGUCUGGGAGAAGACCCAUGAUCGAAGGACCGAAGGAACCGCGUGAUCCCUGGACCUGGCCCUGCGACCCUGGCCAUGGGCCAGACCUCGGUCUCCACGCUGUCCCCGCAGCCCGGCAGCGUUGAUGGACUGGACAAAGCCUCUAUAGCCAACUCAGAUGGCCCCACAGCAGGUUCCCAGACGCCUCCCUUCAAGAGAAAGGGGAAGCUCUCCACCAUUGGUAAAAUCUUCAAGCCUUGGAAAUGGAGGAAAAAGAAGACUAGUGACAAAUUCAGAGAAACCUCAGCAGUAUUAGAGAGGAAGAUAUCCACAAGACAAAGUAGAGAGGAGCUGAUAAGAAGGGGCGUGCUUAAGGAGUUGCCUGAUCAAGAUGGAGAUGUAACAGUUAACUUUGAAAAUUCAAACGGGCACAUGAUACCCAUCGGAGAGGAAUCUACCCGAGAGGAGAAUGUAGGGAAGUCUGAAGAAGGUAAUGGCUCUGUAUCUGAGAAAUCACCACCUCGGGAGGAAAAGGCAGAAGAUAAGAAAGAGAACACUGAAAACCACUCUGAAACACCGGCAGCUCCUGCUCCACCUCCUUCAGCUCCUCCUAAGCCUAAACCCAAACCUAAACCCCCCAAAUCACCUGUGCCUCCCAAAGGGGCCACUUCUGGGGCCAGACACAAAGGUGACGAAGUGCCUCCCAUUAAAAAAAAUGCCAAGGCUCCUGGUAAGCAGGCCCCCGUCCCUCCACCCAAGCCAACAAGCCGAAACACGACCAGAGAGGCCGCUGGUUCUUCUCAUUCAAAAAAAUCAACUGGCUCCAAAGCAUCAGCCUCACCAUCUACUUCAUCCACCUCUUCUCGUCCCAAAACUUCUAAGGAGACAGUUAGUAGCAAAACAGGGACAGUGGGGGCCGCAAAGGGCAAGAAAAAAGCUGGCAAGCAGCCGGUGACUUCUCGACUGUCCUCAGAUGCCACCGCUGGUACAUCUGACCUUAAAGGAGAGCCUUCGGAGACUGGAGUGGAGAGUGCCACACCUGAGCAGACUGUCCCUGGGGCAGAGGAGCAGACCGUAGGCAAAUCCAAGCCUACAGUUCCUCCACCCCUGGUGGCUCCUCCACCCUCCCCGCCUGCCCCUCCUCUGCUUCUCGAAGAUCAGUGCAUUGUUGCCUCAGAUGCUCCAGUUGUCCUGGUCAGCAGUGGCACUGACCUGCCUGUCUCUGCCUUAGACCCGAGUCAGCUCCUUUGGACUGAAGAGCCGACCAACAGAACCACUCUCCACUCGGGUGCUGGUUUAAGUGUUAGCCGAGAAAAUGCAAAAUGUUUUACAACCAAAGACGAGCUGGGGAAGGUGGACACUCAGCUGCUGACCCCUGAGCUGAUGGAAGACUUUUCAGAGUCCUUCAGUGCCCCAGAGGACGAAGGCCCAAGGGAGUACCAGGCCAACGACUCCGACUCUGAUGGGCCCAUCUUGUAUACCGAUGAUGACGAGGAAGAGGAUGAGGACGAGGAUGGCAGCGGAGAAAGUGCUUUGGCGAGUAAGAUACGACGAAGGGACACUCUUGCCAUCAAACUUGGCAACAGGCCAUCCAAGAAAGAACUAGAAGACAAAAACAUCCUGCAGCGCACAUCUGAAGAAGAGAGGCAGGAACUCCGACAUCAGAUCGGAACCAAGCUCGUCAGGAGACUCAGCCAGAGGCCCACAACUGAAGAAUUAGAACAAAGAAAUAUCUUAAGACAAAAGAAUGAAGAAGAAGAACAAGAAGCAAAAAUGGAACUUAAACGCAGGCUCAGCCGAAAGCUCAGCCUGAGACCCACAGUGGCAGAGCUACAAGCUCGAAGGAUCCUGCGGUUUAACGAGUAUGUAGAAGUCACCGAUUCUCCCGACUAUGACCGCCGGGCAGACAAGCCCUGGGCCAGGUUGACACCUGCAGACAAGGCAGCCAUAAGGAAAGAACUAAAUGAAUUUAAAAGCACAGAAAUGGAAGUACAUGAAGAGAGUCGACAGUUUACAAGGUUUCAUCGUCCAUAAGGAAGUGCGGAACUAUUUGGAAACAGCAAUGGAUCGUCUUUUGGGGAAGCCCUUCUUCCUGAAAACCUGAUAUUGCACUGAGAUUUGAGUGUGUGUGUUUCCGUUGAACCUGUGGUGAAGGAGACAUGUGACUCAGCUUUGAUCAAAAGUGCUCCUCACCUGUACAGCCAAGAUGGGCCAACAAGCAAGCAGAGGACACAGUGAGCCUUGCUGCCCAGAAUGUGUAUUGAUGGUAAGGCGCACUGUGGUUACAUCCGCUGUUCUUCAUCAGGAGUUGAAAUCACAGAAGAUGAGCAGAAGACAAUCGCUGACUCCCUACCAGAAAGCCAAAUGUUGUCACGCAUGCGGGUUAAAGAAAAAUGGAGAUUGGAAUUGCUGGGCACCAGAAAGGGGUGGAAGUUGAAAAUCAGAAAAAAAAGGAGAAAAAUACUUCAUUAUGUUAAUGAAGAAGAGAGAAAAUUGAAGCAUAUUUGUAUUUUCAAAAUAGGCAUUUGGUAGCUGAGAACUUACUAAGGGAUUUGGGAAUCUAAUCGACCAAUGUGGAUUCCUUAAAGACUUGAUUCUAGAAUACUCUUGUUUCACCAUUAAGUUGGUACACUGUAGUACCAUUAUUUUAUGUUGUGCCAGUGAAUCCAGUUGCCAGAAACGUCUGAAUGUUUUCAUUCAUCUUUUUCUUAAAUACAAGAGGUUUCUAUUGACUCUGACCAAGCAUGCUUACGCAAAUUUUGUUGCAUGCUUUAAGUAGCAUGGCUAUACACAUUUGACUAUUUUUUUUUAAAUACUUCUUUCCUAGUGUAUCAGUGUAUCAGCCCUCCACAAGGAUAACAGGACUGGACAUAAAGUCAGAUGUCAUGCAGCUGUAUAAAUCUGUUGCAAGCUUUAGAAAUAAUUCUUUCGGCCUUUCCCUAUCUUGAUUAUCUCUAGAGUCAAGCAACCAUACUUGUUCUAAAGAAGAUACUAUUGACAAUCAUGACACCCUUUAAAAAACCUGAAUCCAAAGUUAAAAUGUAAGCGAGGUGCAAGUGUGUGCUGUCUGCUGUUAGUUUGGAGCAGGAGGCAAAGGACCAGUUAUGGAGGAUCAUGAAUUCAAAGCCAGCCUCAGCAACAGUAAGGCGCUAAGCAAC